CACAGCACUGUGUAUAACUUUGCUCAUCUGAUUUAGCCAGUUUGGCAAUUAGUUCAUUCAACUCAAUGAGUGAUGAGCCAGAUGUGUUACAGUAGGGAGAACUCAAGCACUCCAGGACUGCCAAUGUGCGCUCCGAGGCCUGAUCUGAGUGAAAGAUCAGGUAAGAGACAGCGUGUCUGUUUUCAAUCUUGUUCUUAAACCUACAACCCACAGUCAAAGAAAUGAGAGAGUGGAAAAAUGAGGUUGAUCACACGUCUAAAUCAAAGACCACCGUCUUAAGAAGUGACCAGUCAGGAAGCAUGUGAUCAGUUUGCACGUCUCUCAUUGGUGGGCUGUCUGAACACGUCUAACCGCUAUGCUGAGACGGAAUCGACAACAGAAAGGUUCCAUUGACGUGGACCAAUCAGAUCUCAGGCACAGACAUCCGCUUCAAAGACUCUCAUCAUUGUCAGCCCCCAGCUUCAGUCUCUGAGAUGGAGAGAUCAAGAGCUGUGCUCAUCACUCUAAUGUGUGUUUUGAUCUCCAGCAUCUCUGGAAUAUUUGUGGAGAUGAGAGUCAAACCAGGAGACGAUGUGACCAUCUACUGCGACUGCACCUGGAAGCGUAGAUUUAAAAUAGUAUGGGUGAUAAAACCCUCAGACGAGCAUCAACCUCCUCUCUUUCAUUUAACUGAGGACUCGACACUUCCACAUUACUCUUAUGUUUGGAACAAGUCCAAGUUGACAUACGAUCUGCUGGUGAAGAACAUCACUGGAUCAGAACUUGGCUUGUACUACUGCGCUCUACAUGAGACCAAGUUUUCUAGAAAUAAGAAUGGAGAUGGUUUAAUAGAGGAUCUUUAUCUUGAUGGGAACAGAACCACUUUCCUCUCUUUCCAGGACACAACGGUUCCUUGUGCCAAUCUCUCCGAAACCCCCUCCACCCCUCCUGUAUCAGACUGUAUUGUCUGCUGGAAGCUGCUGGUCAGUGUGUGUCCUGUGUGUGUUCUCCUCUCCUCAGUGGUCUCCUCCAUCUGUGUGUACUGCAUCUGCACCACCAGAACUAAAGCUGAUCAUGAAGCAGACCAGCAAAGGAAUAUCAGCAUGAGAAAACAUGAUGAGGUUGGAAAUGAUGUUUGCUAUGCUUCAUUGGACGUCCCGAGUGGUCAUAAGAAACGGCUGAAGACGAGGACAGUUGAAAGCUCUGAUUUCUGCACAUAUUCUCAAGUUAAAAUUUGAGAAAAUGUUGAACUUCUGAGGAGUACGCUGGACGAUCAGGAGGUCCAAGAAUGACGGUACCUCAGUCAUGAAGUUUGGAGCUGACUUAGUUUUAAUAAAGUGAGAUGAGCGAGUUGAUUGUUCUGAAUUUGUCUAGAUAAAGUCAGUUCUUGAUGAUCUAUCUACUUAUACUGAAUGUGAUUGAUUUGAUUACAUCCCAAGUUUGUUGGCUUAUUGGCUUCCUCAGGGAUUUCAUCCUUUGUUGUGUUCCUCAUUCUUUUCGUUCAGUUAGUAGCUUUUUAAUGAUUUAAUGUUCUUGAUUUUUAAAAAACUAACCAUCGUAACUUGAGCGAUAGCCAUGUCUUUCCAGAGUAUUACAAAUGUAUUUCAAACAAAGAC